AUGCACACAUCCUCUCUUCGAGGGCGUAGGCGCAAGAAUCAAACGCAUUCCCACUCUUGGGAUCAGGCUCAAGCCGUGAGAGCUAGCCUGCCGCGUGCGUCACGUACCCCUGCCGCACAAGCUGCAGAUCUGAAGCGCCCGUAUUACAACAUCAUCUUUGGACGCGAGCAGGACCAAGAUAUCGCAGACACACUUGUGGAUACACUAGAUGUGGUCGUACCGCGUGACUUGGCAGCAGCACGCUACUCUCAAAAUCAUACAUUUAUGGACCAACUUCUGGGUCCCACGCGCCUAGAUCUGCUCAAGGCACCACCUUCUCCCUAUGAAGGUAAAGACCCCCAACAGCUUGCUGAUUCGAUUGCUUCUCUAGAACGCGAGCUUCGCAAUAUGCGAGCUGAAUUUCAAGAUAAAAAGAAGGCGUUCGCGUCACUUUCCUCUGAUGAUACUGAGGAAGUGACGAUGGACGCGGAAGAGAGCUGGGCGGUAGCGCCGAGUCAAGGCCCCGUAUUGGGCAUUGGCUACGUCCCAACUGAUAUGCCUGUUGAGGUGGCACAGAUACUCGAACAACAGCGUCUGCGCCGUUCCGAGCGUGAAGCGCAGCAACAUACCCAAGUCCCAGCUGCGGCUCAGCCGCUCCCCUCCCAUCAUGAUGCCAUGGACACUACACCUAUGCAGACUCAAUGA